UACUUUUAGUUCGCGCAAAAAAAUUCAGGCGAUGUGAAUAGAAUGACAUAAUUUGAUUUUUUUCUUUGUGAAAUCAAAGAAAUGCGAUCUGUGAACAUAAUUUUAUAAUCUAUUAUGAAUUUAAGUAUUCAUUAUAUAUAAUGAAGAAUUAUAUUCAUAAUGAAGAAACUAAUAAUAAUAUUUAUAUUUAAGAAUACGGAAUAAAAUAAUUAACAAGAUCAUGAAGAAUAUAUGUAGUAAUUCUUCAGUAAUAUUGCAUGAGGUAGCACACAUCAGACACAAAAAUUUUAUUCCGUGGUCGGUAGCCUAAUAAUUUAGUAAUACAUUUUAAUGGCAUAAAAAUAAUAUCAUCAUUUUUCGAAUUCAUUUACGCGUUUUAAAUAAGUCAAUCCUGAUACAGGUAUUGUAUAUCUUGCUACAUUAUUUUUUUUUCCUUUUUUCUUUUUUUUUUAUUACUCAGGACACAUUUUAUGAUAUAUAAUUGAAAAUUUCUGUAUUUUGAAUCGUAAUUAUUUAAUGCGAUAUUUAAGAAUAAUUACAUAAAAUGAACUGAAAUAACCAGUGUGCAUUAUUCGAUCUCGCAAUCUAUGAGCUAUCGAACUAUAAUUACUUUUUUGAUUCCAUUAGAUAUUGUUCGCAAUUUUUCACGUGAACACAUUCCGUUCGAUUCACUAAGGAAAAAGAAAAAUUAUUGGAGAUGUAAAUAAUUUUAGAGAGUUUGAAGUAUGUCGUUAUUUCUAUUGCGGAAUGCACUGGUUAAUAUAUUUCAUUGUAUAUAGUAACAAUUGCAUUCCAAUCUUAAGAAUAGUGUUAAAAAAUAUCACAUCAUGGAGAAAUUAUUUGCAGAUUACAAAUAUGUCGGAAAUAUAUGAAUAAUUUUACUUUGAAGUUAUUCCUACAUAUUCAUACAAGAUUGUCGAAAUUUUGUUGUUAUUUUUUACCUUCACCAAUCGCGCAUAUAUUUUUAUUAUCAAUUUGAAAUUUAUGCUUACACGAAUAUUAUUGUACACUUAUUCUUGCUUACAUUUCCUUUCCUCUUUUUUUUUUAUGUUAUACACUUUAAGAACGACACUUCUUGUAUAUCAUUGUAAUAUAAAGGUUUGUAAUAAAAAGUAUUCUUUGUUGUGAGUAACGAAAAAUCAUUAAGUCAAAGUUAAAAAAAAUUUUAUUUUCGAAUUUUCAUGUUACUGUAAUUUUUAUUCUUCGAUUUUGUGUAGUAACUUUUUUAUAAAAUUUACUAUUAUCUCUCUUGCUGUAUCUAAUAUUUCUCGUAUGAUAAAAAUGAUUUAUUCUAUGGUCACGUUUUUAAAUUAUUGUUUUCAACUAUUUAAAAAAAUUAAUACAAAGUUAUUGGUUGUUUUUAUGGCGCUAUUAGAAUAUAUAACAUAAUAAUUAUAAAACAUAUAACAUACUAGUUUUAGGCCUCAAUGUAUUGUACAUUGUUUAUCGUAAUGUUCAACGUGUGUAAUCGAUUUAUUUAAUGACUUUUAUAAGAAAUCAUGGUUUAAUUAUAUUAUUUAUAAUAUAAAUUUUUAUUACUCUAUUAUUAAAGUAAUGGAUAUUGAUUUAAUAUAAGAUUAGGGGUUUAACAAGCUCGCUGUAAUAGUACGUAUAUCCUUAAGAAAAAUGAGAAAAGGAAAAAAAAUGGAAGUCACAUGUAAGAAAUUUUGUACAUCGAUGUUUUAUUCUAUAUAAAUGUCUGUAGUUAAUAUCGAAGUCCUAUUUAGUAACCAUGUUUGUGCGUUACGAAACGAGUAAUGAAACUGUAUUGUGGAAAUGUGUGAAGAAAAUAAGACUAAGUAAGAAUUUUUAUAUUUCUAAUUGGACGUUUAUAUAUUGAGUUUAUUGUCUGAUCUCUAGAUGCACGCGGAAAACGCGUACUCCAUGGGAUCACGAGUUCUUUGUUAGUAUUUUUAACUAAUAAAUAAUUAAGAUAGUAAGAAAAAGACAGAGGUAGAUAUUUAUGGCGAUACUCCUCCUACGGUGUCCUAACAUUAUUCUUGAUUGGUUCGAACCAUUUAUUGCUCACCAACCAACGAUAGUCGCAAGUAAAAGAUAGUCAUUAUUAUCAUCGUCAUCGUCAUCGUUGUCUUUUCGUUUUCUUUGGUAGAAAGCGAGCGAACAUACACGAAUCAACGUCGAUGGAGACUCGAUUGUGCAACUCAGUCGCGAUCGAAUCGAAGUCAAGAGAGUAGCAACUACUAGAUCACUGUAGCCGUUUCAACGUGAACCAUCGUGAACCAAGAUUUCUUUGCCUCGCGAUCGUUUCGUUUAUUUGAUCUUUGAUGUGCGAGUGAAUGGGUGUUUAAGUUUCUUCUGCCACAAAUGCGUCCAUUCUUACACAGGAAAGAAAUAAGAAGCUUAUUUUACUAUAGUCGUUUAACGCAAGGAUCGUAAAUAAGAUAAAGUAGAAAUGAUCUUUCUCUCUCUUUCUCUCUAUGUUGUUUGGUGAAUAUAUGUAUAUGGCAGACGUAAUGUCUCAAAAGUUUUAUUAUGGGUCAGUGAUUGGUUUUAUUCUGUUUAUUUGAGUAGAUUAUUUUUACUGUAAUAUUUAACGUGAAUUUCUUUACGAUUCGUUUGAUUCGAGAAUGACGAAUAGAACUGAUAAACAGAACCUAUAGUGAUUGACUAUUGUUUCAUGAUAUUCUGCGAUAUAAAUAUAUCAAUAAAUAUAUCGUUCUGAUGACUGCAGAAGAUAUUUAAACAUAUUAUACUCUUGUUCCUUGCCAUUUUUUAUCUUAUUUUAAUAAACAUUUUUAUGAUUCUAUCUGGAACGCAUCAUUCAUAAAAAAUAUAUAUGUGAAGAUAUUUUGACAAGUAAAUAAGAAGAAUUCAUAAAAUUAUUCUAUAAGUGGUUACACAGUAUAAUUGGGUCGUUCGAUAAUGUAAAUUAUGUUCGAAUUAGAAAAGAAAAAGAAGAAAGGACUAAGAAUAAAAUUUUAUCUGGAAAAAAUGUAUGCUAUAUAGCUUAUUAUACACGUGUUUCCUGAGUAAUUCGCUUAUCGAUUGUAGAUCAAGGUCAUUUUGGAAUUGUUAAACUUAAUACUAUCAACAUUCUCAAAUGUAAAGCAAAUUGUGAUUAUAGUAUCGUCGAAAAUUCAACGAUCCUGAAGUAGUAAAAGUUUGCUUGACCGCAAAUAUAUUCAAUUGUAUUACAAUUGCAUCUUCUAAAUAUAACGAGAAUUAUUAAUAGAAUUUAAAAAUGUUCGAGAACAGUUCAGAAAAAGGACACUUUCAUUGGGCUGAUUGGCUUGUUUUCGCCGCUAUGCUAACUAUAUCCGCCGCAGCUGGACUUUGGCAUUACAAGAGUGCACAACAAUCGUCCGUAGAGAAUUAUUUACUCGGUGGAAGGAAACUCAGACUUUGGCCGGUUUCUGCGUCUCUAAUUGCCAGUUUCAUAUCUGGGGUAACAAUAGUUGGAGCUCCUGCAGAAAUUUAUAAUUUUGGCACUCAGUAUUGGAUCACCGUGAUAUCUUUGCUUUUUUCCGGAAUAGUCGUUGCAAACAUUUACUUACCUGUUUUUGUAACAUUACAAUUAAAUUCGGCAUACGAGUAUCUGGAGAUAAGAUUUAACAAGGGAGUUAGAAUUUUAAUAUCGUUGAUAUUCGUUUUCGAUGCCGUUCUCUACCAAUCGAUAGUAGUCUACGUGCCUGCAUUGGCAUUAAAUCAAGUAAGUGAUAUCAAUACGCAUAUCAUCGGCGCCAUUUUAUGCGGAGUGUGCGUCUUUUACACGGUUCUUGGUGGCUUAAAAGCAGUAGUUUGGACUGAUAUGCUUCAAGUUAUAAUAAUGAUCCUAGCCAUGCUCAUCGUGACUGUGUUAGGCACUUGGGAAGUCGGCGGUCUAUCCAAAGUAUGGCAGAAGGCACGAGAAGCUAAUAGAAUAGAAUUUUUUAACUUCGAUUCUUCUCUGUACACGAGACACACAGUUUGGAGUGUUCUAAUUGGUUCUUGGCUAUACUCUACGGCGUACAUCGCUGUGAAUCAGACGAUGGUUCAACGGUACACAUCACUGAGAACUAUGAAGACAUCUAAAUUAUAUAUGUAUGUUUGCAGAGCUAUAGGGAUAUCUAUUAUUGGCAUAGUUAUUUUUAUUUCGCUAUGUUGCUGGUGUGGAUUGGUUCUUCUAGCUUGGUGGUCACCACCAAAAUGUGAUCCAAGAGCUACUGGUUUAAUUACGGCCGAUGAUCAACUACUUCCAGCUUUCGUAAUGCAAGCUGCUGGUUACUUGCAUGGUAUACCUGGUCUCUUCAUUGCUGGAAUUUUUGGGGCUGCUCUUAGCUCUCUAUCAGUAGGAUUCAAUUCCACUUCUGUAGUUCUUUUAGAAGACUUCGUGAAGAGUUGCUUUGGUCUACAACCGAACGAACGUUGUUCAACGAUUUUAGUUAAAAGUAUAAUUAUAUUCCUUGGUUUAUUCGCGUUGGCUUUUGUCUUUUUCAUCGAAACAUUGGGAGGCAUUUUAGUGGUUACGAACAGUUUAGCCGCAAUUGCCGCAGGAAUUUCCUUUGGAGUCUUCACUCUUGGAAUGCUUUUUCCAUGGACUAACUCUCAAGGCGCAUUCGUUGGUGCUGUUGUGGGAUUUUUAAUAGCUGGUUGGGCAUGUUUCGGAGCAAAUAUAUCGAUCAGUUCCGGUGUUAUAGUACCAAAGAAGCUUCCGGUACCACUCGAUCAGUGUCCGGGAAAUAUAAGUCAAGCUUUCUUAGAUCAAUUCGUUCAUUCUAACGAAGAAGAUGUGUUUGCUCUUUACUUAUUGUCCUAUCAUUGGUUUUCCGGAUUGGGUACGCUGAUAGUAAUCGUGGUUGGAGGAAUAGUCACUUGGUUGACGGGGCCAAAGGAUCCUUCUUAUAUCGAUAGAAAGUUGUUGUCUCCGGUAAUACAUAGAUGGCUUCCUUAUCCAAAAUAUCAGAACGAGGAAUGGUAUCAAUCAACGACUGAACCUCAGUCUUCGGUAAACCUUUUAUUAAAAAAUCUACCAAACAAAUUGAAACAGAGUGAUACUUACAAAAAGAAAGAGAAUCAAACUGACGUAGCAGUUUCUUGACUAUAGUCAAAUACUGUAAAAAUGUAUAGAAAAUAUCACUUAUAUUGGUUUUUUAAUUUGUUAUUACGUAGAAUGUAAAGUUAGUGUUAGAAUCUUAGUGACGCUCUAACAUGUUGGGUAUAUAAUGUUAUAAAAAGAGAACGAAGUGUGAAACGAAAAAAAAAUAUAUUUUUAUAUGUUCAUAAAUAA